GCGCGCGAGGCGCCGGGAGCCUGAGACCCCGGGCGAGAGCUCUCUCCCUGCCGUCGCCGCCCGCGGCCGGGCCUCCACCAUGGCGCUUCUGCUGCGCUUCCUGCUUCUGUGCGGAGUCUCUGAUGUCACCAGAAGUUUGAGUAUCACCAGUCCUGAACACAUGAUUGAAAAGGCCAAAGGGGAAACCGCCUAUUUGCCAUGCAAAUUUACCCAGAGUCCGGAAGAUCAGGGGCCAUUGGACAUUGAGUGGCUGCUAUCACCCGCUGAUAAUCAGAAGGUGGAUCAAGUGAUUAUUAUAUAUUCUGGUGACAAAAUUUAUGAUGACUACUAUGAAGAUCUAAAAGGACGAGUACAUUUUACAAGUAGCGAUGUCAAAUCUGGUGAUGCAUCAAUAAAUGUAACAAAUUUGCAGUUGUCAGAUAUUGGCACAUAUCAGUGCAAAGUGAAAAAAGCCCCCGGUGUUGGAAACAAGAAGAUUCAGUUGGCAGUUCUUGUUAAGCCUUCGGGUACAAGAUGUUACGUUGAUGGAUCAGAAGAAAUUGGAAAUGACUUUAAACUAAAAUGUGAACCAAAAGAAGGUUCACUUCCUUUACUAUAUGAAUGGCAAAAAUUGUCCAACUCACAGAAACUGCCCCCGGCUUUUGUAACAGAAAUGACUUCACCUGUUAUAUCUGUAAAAAACGCCACUACUGAGUACUCUGGGGUAUACAGUUGUACAGUCCGCAACAGAGUGGGCUCUGAUCAAUGUGAGCUACGCCUGGAUGUUGUUCCUCCUUCAAAUCGAGCUGGAACAAUUGCAGGAGCUAUUAUAGGAACUUUGCUUGCACUAGUGAUCAUCGGUCUGAUCGUCUUUUGCUGUCAUAAAAAGCACAGAGAAAAAAAAUAUGAAAAGGAGGUUCAUCAUGAUAUCAGGGAAGACGUGCCUCCUCCGAAGAGCCGGACGUCCACUGCCAGAAGCUACAUCGGCAGCAAUCACUCGUCCCUGGGGUCCAUGUCUCCUUCCAACAUGGAUGGCUAUUCUAAGACUCAGUAUAACCAAGUACCAAGUGAAGAUUUUGACCGUGCUCCUCAGAGUCCGACUCUCCCACCUGCCAAGGUAGCUGCCCCUAAUCUCAGUAGGAUGGGAGCGGUGCCUGUGAUGAUUCCCGCUCAGAGCAAGGACGGGUCGAUAGUAUAGCGCCUCUGUGCCUUCCAUUUCUGUGCUCUCGAAGUAGGAAAACCUAUUCUGUUCCAAAUUUUGCUACCAGCCUCAAUAGAUCAAAAAGUGGACCAGAAACUACAAGAAAUAUAUCUCAAAAAGUUUUGUGUGGUUAUAUCAAAAUAUAAAGGCAUUAAAGUUACUAAAGACGAACUUGCCAUCUCAAAAAGAUUUCCUUUAAGAAAUUGACUUCGUCGGUUUCUAAAUAUCAAUAUUUAGUAAGAUGUAGCACUUUGGAUAUGAAAUCAUAGGGGAAGAAAUUGGUGAACUUUGAUGCACACCAAGGUGAUACUUGAAUCAUCUGAAAGUAGUGCUUUAUUAUUUCUACCAUUAUUUUCAGGAUGCCUUUCUCAAUUAAUUUAUGACUGAAAACUGGUAAAGAUGCAUCCAUGGCAAAAACUCUUAAAUACCUUUAUGUUCUUGUUUUUAUAUCUUCUUGGAAAACUCUAAAUAUGUUUGGAAUAGCUCUAAUAACAUUAAAAAAAAAACUACAGUGUUCCAGAAAUUACUGGUUUUCUUUUCAAGUCAUCCCAUAAACAAGGUUUUUUUAAUUGAUAGACUGCUACAGGCAACAGAGACAUAAUGAGCUCUUUUCUAUGCUGAAAUAAAGGAGUAUCUAUGGAUUUUUCCUAGAAAAUUUGCUGUCAGCUACAUAGAGCAAUGACACUUUGAGUUCAGUAGUGAGGGUGGGUUUCAGGGAUGGGUAGUCGAUACCUAGAGGCCUGGGGUCAUCUUCAGAAUGGCUUCCAGCCAGAUCAAGGAUGGAGUGUUUUGCAGUUCCCAAACUAAGUACCGGUUCUCUGCUUUAGGUCAUAUUUUUCUAUUAAGAAAAAACUAUAACUCGUUUAUUGUUUGAGAGUUACAGAUUGAAAUUUCCUAAUUAUUGGUCCCAUAUUUUAGGAAGUCUUUUCUGGUUCAGCAUCUUGUUGCUGUUUUUGGAUGGUGUUGCAUGUUAUAUGUUCUAGAAACAUGUAAUCCUAAAUUUGUCUUCCUGAAUGCAGUUCCCGGAGGAUGUUUUCUUCAUAGACUUAGGAUGAUGAAAUAGUUUUUAGGCUCGUGUCCUCCAUCAGUUCUGUCUUCCAGAUGUGGAGGAUGUGCAGUUGCUGUUGUACGGCCAACAUGGCUUUGUGUGGUUGCAAAAAAAUCAAGUUGAGCUUUGAAAAGUUUGAGUCUUAGUUUUGUGAAAGUGAUUUAUUCUUUAAAAAAAAAAGACACGAAAGGAAAAGAAGUAAAAGAAUACUCCUAACUGCCAAAUGUGUUAAAUACUGUUUUAGUAGAAGAAAGUGAAUUUCCCGUAUUUCCCUUAAGAUUGUGAGGGAGUGUGGAUAUAGUAGAAUGAGCCAACAGUUUCUUUAUAGUAAAUGAGGUCUGCAAUAAAUUAUUUCACUAGCUCUAAAACCUUUUCCCUAGAUUUUUUAGGGAGUUGGUUUCUGUUAAUCUUCUUGGGUGCUGUGAUGGUUCAUGCUGUAUUAUAAAUUAAUGUUGGCAUGAAUUUAUGAUUAGGAAGAGUAUUAUGUACACUUUUUAAUGGUAAAUUUAAGCUGAAUGCCUGUGUAAUGGAUUAGUGUAUAGUUUUACAUAUUUGGAAGCAUUUUUUAAAUAGAUUUUUAACCUUACAUAAUACUGCUUUUAUACUUGGUGUUAGCAUUUUCAUUUGUGCCUUUUGGGUAAUUUAAUUUUUAUUAUGAAUUUCUGGUGCCUAUGAGCUAGCUAUCACCUGACAGGUGCUUAGAGGUGAAGGUACUGUUCCUAAAAGCGCAUCACUGUGACACCUUUCCAUCCUCACACUCUCAGUUUGCCUCUUCCUUUCUGUUCUUCAUGGAUGCAAGUUAACAAACAGAUUGUGUUAUUCAUAAAGAUUUUAAAAUUUCAACACCCCUAACACUCUUUUACUGUGUUUCUGAUUUUAUAACAAUAACUAUUUUUGCAUUCCAGAUGUCUGAUCUGUUUUGUAUGAAUACAUUUAUUUAUCUAAUAGUAUAAGAAAUAACAGCACAAACUUUAAUAAACAACUCUUGGUCCUUUCUAUUAGUUUUCAUGUAAUAAAGAUUAUGCUAUCAAGUAAGUAGAAAUUACUACAAAAAAUGGACAUAUGUAAGGCUCUCCUGGCCUUAGAUUUCAUAGUUGGCCUAGGAUUCAGCUCUACGUAUGUCAGAAUCUCUUCCAGAAGCACUUUUAGUUCAGGUCCAUACCAGCUAUAUCCUGAGACACAUGCUAGUAAAAAAUCAGCUAUGUAACCUGAAGAGACCUGUGGGGCAUGAUGAAGUUUAGAGGACAGAAUUAAGUUUUACACUAUGUCUCCAGCUACUCUUAUUCUAAAUCCCAGUUAAUCCAAAAGUCAGAUAGUUCUGAUUGACUUCUUAAGUAAUUCUCACCGAUACUUCCAGUUGAACCAGAGAUCAAAUAUUUGUUCUAGAAUUAUGAUUGGUAGUCAUCAAGCGAUUCAACAAAAAUGGUAUUCGAGCAUUUCUGUUAGAGCGUAACAACAUGGGUCAAGUAUGACACUGCAUUCUUGAGGCAAAAGCAGUUGAUCCCACUUUAUACCUAAGAGACUUGACAGCAUCUUGAGCUACGCAGGAUGGCUUAAAGUGAUACCAUAGAGGAAGUAGUUCUGUGCUUUGAAUACGUAGCUGAUGGGUGCUCUUUUCUUAUUGGCAAUUUUAACUAAUAUUCUCGUUAGAAGGCAAAAAAAAAACAAAACACCCUGCCAUGGAAUUGUUACAAUAGAAACACAGCCCAGAGUGUGUCUUGGGGGAGGUUAAUUCAAGAAACAAAAUUAGAUUAUUGGUAUGAAUUAAUGCCUGAUUUUUAGUAAAAUGAUAAUUUUCAAGAUUGAGUAUUGUAAAUUAGGACUAAGUGAAGGGGCAAGUAAACAUCUUGAUUAAGUAUAAAAAGAAUUCAUUGCAUGAAGUUGGAUAUCAAAUUCUAUAAUGUAUGGCUUUUAAAAAUAAUCAUUCUCUGUCUCUUUCUGUGAGUGCAGCAUGUAAAUUUGAAAUUAUAUGAAUGUUGAAAGUUUUUCCUAAUUUCUUUUCAUCUCUACAGUGUUUAGGGCUUUCAGAUGCCUUAUUCCAGUGUGAACAGAAAAAGUCCUUAUUAUGUGGUUACUGCUUUGAUGUGUCAUGUGUGGAGUAGCUUGUAGAAAAUGUUGGCACCAUUUUUACUUCUUAGUGACUUGUGACAUUAUAUAUUAUAUAUAUGUACAUAAAUUUUUGUAAUAUUCUGUGUUUAGUAGUAUAAAUGUUCUGGGCAAGUUUUAAUAUUUCAAAUGCCUUUGGAUAUUCUUGCAAUAAAGGCAAUAUGUUCUGCAAUUGGAUUUUUUAUUGUUCGCCUGUUUUGGCACUAAAGUAUGGUCCAUAACUGAGCACAAAUUCUACUUAUUAAUGUUAUGGAAGUGGGGAAGAAUAAUAAAUUUGUGAAUUGCAGUUCUGUGUAUCUUAUGGAUAGUAACACCAGCAAAUACUUGAUCUUACAGAUAGUAAUACCAGCAAAUACUUGUUGCAUCUGUCUUCUCACUGUGAAUUAAAAUUUAGUUUUACAAAAUACCCUAUUUUGUAAUUUAAGAAUGUAGAGAAUAUCUGUUGGGUUUGGCUUUGUUCAUGAACACUAAAAUCUGCAAUCAGGGAAGACUUUGUGUUUUCUCCUAUUGAAUAACACAAGUAGUAAGAGAACCACAGUUCACUGAUUCACUUAUUCUCAUCCCUAACUGUGAAUUUUUGUAAUAAAUACACUUGUACUACUGAGAAAAAUAUUUUGACACUUCAUAUAUGCAAGUAGAGAAUUGGUAGUGUCAGUUUCAAAAAUGAUUUUUGUAUUUAAAGUUUCUGGCUUAAAUGUCCAAUGGUGCAGCAGAUUUUGAAAUUUGUAAGAACAAAAUUUGGUUAAAAAAGCAA